CCUUGUCAGUUUCAGGAGAGGAGAAAUGUUGCUGAGCGAUGUGUGGGGAAACUUCCUGAAACCUUAUUGUUGCACAAAAAGGGAAGAAACAGAAAAGUGAGGAGAGGAAGAGGUAGUUUAGAGCAGAAACACUCAGCCAAAACCACUGUGGAGAGACGAGAGCUGGAGAGCAAUACAGAGAGAUCUGUGAUGUCAGCUGUGGAGCUUCCUCUGCUUCAGGCCCUGUGUUUACUGCAUUUUCAGUGUAUGAUUUGUCCUGUGGAGGGAGACACUGACUGACUCAAUCAUCAACUCACGAUGUUUGUUCUCAUCUGGGCGACUCUGCUCUUCUCUGUGAGAGACACAGGUGCAUCAGUGGAGGGAACACCAUUCUGUGAUAAAGGAUUCUGUAUCACUCUCAGUGAAGGAGAAAUAACAGCAGAGGCUGGGCUCUGUCUUGUGAUACCGUGUUCUUUCACCACCAGUUAUUACUUCAGACCCCAACAUGUAGUUUGGUACAAAUGUGAACCAUCCAAAACAAAAUGUAGCGAUUCAGACAUCAUAUUCCACACUAACAAGAACAACAACAAAACUCAGUCUGGGUUCAGAGGACGAGUGUCACUGUUGGAGCCUGAUGUGAGUCGGAGGAACUGCAGCAUCAUGGUCAAUGACAUCACUGAGUCAGACUCUGGAUCAUAUCAGCUCAGAGUUAAUAGUUUACUGAAUGGGAGGACAGAUGGAUUUACAUUCUCUCCAAGAACAACUGUUUCUGUUAAAGAUCUGACCCAGAAGCCCACAGUGAUGAUUCCUCCUCUAACAGAGGGACAGCAGAGCACACUGAGCUGCACUGCUCCUGGUCUCUGCUCUGGAUCUGAUCCUGAAAUCACCUGGACGUGGAGAGGAGCAGGAGAGAAGGACUCUCACAUCCCAGGAAACAUCACUGCUUUCAGGACUGAGAAUCGGACUGCUGUCACUCGGAGACACAGCUCAACCCUGACCUUUAACUCUUCAGCUGAACACCACGGUACCAAUGUCAGCUGUAAGGUCAGCUUCACAAACAACAUCACUACAGAGGUGACUGUGACUCUGAAUGUGGCCUAUGUGAAGGAAGUUAAAGUCUCUGGGAAUACAAGUGUGAAGGAGGGGGAGACUCUGAUUCUGACCUGCAGUGUCGAAAGUUUUCCUCCAUCUCUUAUCAAGUGGUACACAUCUUCUGACAGAAACAAGCAAAAUGGAACAGAAACAAACCUGCAAAACGAAACUCUAACUGUCCUGCAGGAAAAAAAUGACACUUUGGUCAUCUCUAACAUGACAACUACAAAUUCUGGACCGUACAUCUGCAUUGUAAAUCAUCUGAACAACACCCUGGUGAAAAAAGUUGAUGUAACAGUGAAAUAUAUGAGGAAAUGUGUAAUCACUGGGGACACAACUGUUAAGGAGGGAGAUGCUCUGAAUCUGACCUGCAGUGUUGAAAGUUUCCCUCUGUCUCACAUCACAUGGACUGUACUGGGUUCUAACACAAACCUACACAUUGAACGUGAUACUCACCUGCAGAACAACACUGGUUCAGCUACACUUGUCAUCCCUAAUGUGACAGCGGAACAUUCUGGACAAUACAUCUGUACAGCACAACACCUGAACACAACUGUGGCUACGAAUGCUGAUGUAACUGUGACUUGGUUUUCAACAGUCGGAAAAAACUCUGGAUGUGAGGUUCAGUCAGAGGUUCUGACCUGUGUGUGUAUCAGUGAGGGGUUUCCUUUACCCACCAUCACAUGGCCGCUGUUGAAGAACCAUGCUGAGUACUCUGUCAUCACCACAGUGUCACACCACACAGUCAACAGCACCGUCACCCUAACUGUAAAAGAUCACAUCAACACCAAUGUUGAGUGUGUCAGCAGCAGUCACAAUGGAGAAGUAAAAGAAAACCUCAUUGUGCAAUUAAAGGCGACAGAACAACCAACUACAUUCAAAGAGAUGUUAAACACUGUUUCAUGGCUGGAGGUCAUCAUUGCCUUUUUGGUUGGAAUACUUCUUUCAACAGUCCUUUGCUGUUUGGCAAAAAAAUGCCACAGAAAACAACAAAAGAGCUUUGGAAAUCUGGAUGAGACUCUAGAGAUGGUGACCAGUCAAGAGGAUCCAUUGAUAGCUGCUGGUCAAGCAGUGGAAGAUGAGACCUAUUACCAAGAGGCCUCUGAAGGAGAAGAAGAAGCUGUGGCACAAGAGCAAGCAGCACCUGAUCUCAAUGGUGGACCACAAGAUGUGGAGUACGCCAGCAUUGAUUUCUCCUUGUUGAAAACAAAGAAUCCCAGGAUGGCAGCAAAGAAGCAGGAGACCACAAAGACAGAGUACGCUGAAAUUAAGAAAGAUGUAAAAGCGGAAAUAGAAGACAAUAGUGGAGAAGAAGGUGAUGUGUUGGAAGGCAACGAUGAAGAGGUGACGAUCGGGGAUGAGGAGACAGAACAGUUUGUUCCUGAAGAGGAGGAAGGGGAGGACAUGGCUGUGUACUCCAAUGUGAAGGACAUUAUGGGUGAGAUUUGAGGACGCUUGCAUCAAGUCUCGUUGGUCUUAGUUGUGAUGGAAUGAUCUAAUGGACUGAUGAUGGAUUGUUAUUGCAACAAAUCAAUGUGCUGUAAGCAGUUUCUAUCACAGAGAUGUGAUAUUCAAAUGCCAAAUUCAGCCUGUGGUAACUGGAACUGACCAAGACACUUCACUCCUCUACUGUAUGUGUUAGGGACUGUGAAAAUCCAUUCAUUCAACAAAGGGUGGACUGAAAUUUGGACAGUAUAUUUAGAAAGUGUUAUUGUGUUAACUUUUCAUCAACUUUCCAGAUAGGUUUACUUUCUGCUCUGAGAGCCAAAGUGUACUUUAGUUUGUUGAUUAUUAUUUAAUGAAAAUAAUUAUAUGCCUUAAGUGUCCCUUUGGUCAGUCCAAAUCCCUUCUGAAUGGCCCACUAGGGCAACAGUUUACCCUCACUUUCAUCCUGUGCAGAGAAGAGGUGUCUCUUUUUUAGUGUGGUUCAAGAGAUGGUGAACGUUGGUCUUGUCUGCUUGGCGGUGUGUCUUACCACUUUGGUUUAGACUGACAAACAACUAUUGGAUGGAUUCCCAUUAAAAGUUGUACUGAAAUUUAUGGUCCCCAGAGGAUGAUUUCCAAUUACUUUAUUCAUAUUGUGACUUUUCCUGUAGCUCUGUCAUCAGGAUUGCAAGUGGUUUUAAGUGAAAUGUAUUAAGGACAGAUGGCCUUAACAUCUGUGUGGUUGUAGUCUCUUAGUCUUAUUUCAUUUUCAUUGAGAGUGUCUGCAGCAAAGAAACUCAAAGGAUAUGUUGACAUUUUUUUUAAAGUCUGUCUCAAUACAAUACUCACAUGCGGAUAUGUAUAAUGAAAGCGUUAGAUCCCUUCGUAAAGCAAUUCCAAUCUGAAAGAAGGACAAUCUCUACAGCCCUGAAUGCUUUCCAAAUAUCAACCAAAGCUAAUUUGAGGCUUUAGUAGAACUGAGUUAGACAAAUAAAGUGUGUAUCUUCUUAAUUGCAGACAUUUUGAUCUAUUAUGGGGAUGUGAGUAUUGUUUCAAGACA